UUGCAGGAAUAUCAAGAGGAGGUUGAAAUUUUGCGUUCGGGGUUGUAUCGGUGGGGCGGAGAUGCUAGGGAGUAUGAUAAGAAUGAGGCAUAUAUAGAGGUGGUAACCGCCCCUAACAACCCUUGUGGAAGCAUAAGGAGAGCAGUGGCAAACUGUGAAGGUGAAGGGAAAGUGAUUCAUGACUUUGCGUAUUAUUGGCCACAAUACACUCCCAUUACUCAACAGUAUGACCAUGAUCUUAUGUUGUUCACAUUCUCCAAAUGCACUGGCCAUGCCGGUUCCCGCAUUGGAUGGGCAAUUGUGAAGGACAUUGAAGUUGCAAGGAAGAUGACGAGGUUCAUUCAGAUGAGCUCAAUUGGUGUAUCAAAAGAAUCUCAAAUCCGAGUUGCCAAGAUCAUAGGAGUGAUCUGUGACAGUUAUCAGAAAAUAGGAUCGUCCCUAGAUUCUGAUGAGCUCUUCUUUGAAUAUUCGAAUCGCAAAAUGAGAGAAAGGUGGGAGAAACUAAGGGCAAUUGUUGAGAAAAGUAAUCUCUUCUCGUUGGCCAAGUACCCUAAGGCCUACUGCACCUUCACUAACAACACAUCUGAAUCUUACCCUGCAUUUGCUUGGAUGAAGUGCAAGGGUGGCAUAGAAGAUUGUGAGAGUUUUCUGAGGAAUUUGAAGGUGUUUGUAAGAGGAGGGAAGCGAUUUGGUGUUGAUCAAAAGUAUGCAAGGGUUAGCUUACUCAGCAGGGAUGAGAUGUUUAAUGAGUUCUUAACUAGGAUCUCAAAUAUUACCAGUGAUAGAAAAUACAAGUUAAAUUGACACA